GGUGCACAGGAAAUAAGUCAUUAACCAAAAACAAGUCACAUUAAAAUAGGAAGUGACUGCAGAGGCCGUGACGGUUUCAGGUUAGUCUCUCGUUUCCGCCUUCAAAACCAUCCACAGAUGACUGAAAAAGUCCAAAAAAAGAGGUUUAUGCCUUUUGAUCCAUUCACAGACCAUGCAAGGGAAUCUUCUGCGAGUGUUUGUCUUUGGCCUUAUUGUGUAUCCCAGGGACGAGCCUGCGACUGAGGAGCAGGGCGAUGUCGUCUUCGAACAGUGUGAUGAGAGGACAUUCAAGGACUUGCAGACAAUGGACAAUGAAAUUAGACCUGGGAAUGAGAAGACCAUGAGUACUGAUGCCGGGCGGUCUUGGGAUAUUUCUGCACCUCUUCUUCUGGACCAAAAUGUUUCAGGACAAGAUGGAACUGACAGUCAGGAGGACUAUAUGCCAAACACUGACAUGCAUUGUGAACGUGCAGAAUCAAAGGGGAAAAUAAUCAUUCAGUCACACACGUCAGAAGAAGUAGGUUCAAAGAUGGUCAUUGCUGAUUGGGAAGGGGAUUAUCUCUGGGGCAUAUUGAAUUUAUUCUCCUUCAUUUCGGUCAUAAGCUUUUUUAGGAAAUAUUUGCGGAAUGGAUCCAAGACGGCACGAGAAAAAAACAUGUUCUCUGCUGCUGAAGUUCUUCUUCCAGACAGCGGCGCUCUUCACAAACUUCACUCUAAAAGUCUUCGGCUUGCAUCCCGGAAUAAAUGGAGGGAGGAGGAAUUCCUGGAAGGGUUUUUGGACGACCUGCUGAAAUCCAUGAGGGCUGCUUGCGAUACAGACGCCAGUCUUGUAAUUGGAGACUUUCAGAUAGUGGACGUCUGUGACGUCAUCGUCCCUUUGACUCUUCCUCAUCCUUUCACCUUUGAUUGUGUGCUCUGCAGAAAGCAGGCAACAGACUUUCACCUCUGCGGGCGGAUACAACUAGUGGAAAAGAACGUCCGAAAUGGCUGCCUCUGCCAGUCCCCGGAUGCAGAGGACAUGGUUUGCUUAUUGCAUGGUGAGAAUAAGGAGUCCAAGGCGAAAGCCUGCACAGAAGCUUUCAGUAGUCAUUUUUGUGUAAGAAACAGCUCAUUCUUGUCAAAGUCUCGGGUGAGCAGAUGGUUUCGUAGCAUCACAGGUGAGGCUUGGGCAGAGAUUUCUCAUAAAUACAAGUUUGACUUAAUUACUCAUGCUCCAGGUUCGCUUGUAGUGCGCUUUCAAUCAGGCAAGAAGCUUAGAUUCAACCUGAGACCUGUGUUCAAGCUGGACUCGGAGUCUUACCUCUACAUCCUCCCGUCUUCAAGCACAGUGGAUGCAACCUGGACUGUGUCACUGCGCAUCUACGAGGAUCAACUCUUACGACACGUUUCUCUACAUCUCCCGGAGAACUCCUGCCACUUUCAAACUUUAGAAGCCGUUUGUUUCCUCGUCAGGGGACAGGAAACGUUGUCGGGCAGCAGCGCUUUGACAGCCUGGCAUUGCAAACUUGCUUUAACGCGUCUGCUUUGCGCCACCAAGCCUGAGCAGUGGAAGUCGGAGUUUGUGGCCGACAGGCUUCGGGACUUACUGGUUUUCCUAGAGAGAAGUCUGCGGGAGAAAUUUCUUUGCCAUGUUCUUAUUGGGAACCCUUUGGCCCAAAAUGCCAUCGCUCUCCCUGACCAGCUUACGUUUGCUAAGCCUGUGAAUCUCUUCCAUCCACUUAUGGUGAACGAAUGUAUUUACAGGAAUGCACUUACUUUUUUCCAAGAGAUGCUGAGAAACGCAAAAAUGCAAAUACUUGAUUAUGUAGGAAACUUCGAUGAUUCUUCCACUUGAUAGGGCUGAGCGAUACUGGAGAAUUUUGGUACCGAUCUACAAACCCCGUUUCCAUAUGAGUUGGGAAAUUGUGUUAGAUGUAAAUGUAAAGGGAAUACAAUGAUUUGCAAAUCAUUUUCAACCAGUAUUCAAUUGAAUGUGCUACAAAGAAAACAUAUUUGAUGUUCAAACUGAUAAACAUUUUUUUUUUGCAAAUAAUCAUUAACUUUAGAAUUUGAUAACAGCAACACGUGACAAAGAAGUUGGGAAAGGUGGCAAUAAAUACUGAUAAAGUUGAGGAAUGCUCAUCAAACACUUAUAUGGAACAUCCCACAGGUGUGCAGGCUAAUUGGGAAGAGGUGGGUCUUUGAUGGUAUGGAGGUGUAUUAGUGUCCAAGGCAUGGGCAACUUACACAUCUGUGAAGGCACCAUUAAUGCUGAAUGGUCCAUACAGGUUUUGGAGCAACAUAUGUUGUCAUCCAAGCAACAUUAUCAUGGACGCCCCUGCUUAUUUCAGCAAGACAAGUGUUAUAACAGCGUGGCUUCGUAAAAAAAAGAGUGCGGGUACUUUCCUGGCCCGCCUGCAGUCCAGACCUGUCUCCCAUCAAAAAUGUGUGGCGCAUUAUGAAGCGUAAAAUACGACAGCGGAGACCCCGGACUGUUGAACGACUGAAGCUCUACAUAAAACAAGAACUGAGAAAGAACUCCACUUUCAAAGAUUCAACAAUUAGUUUCCUCAGUUCCCAAACGUUUACUGAGUGCUGUUAAAAGAAAAGGUGAUGUAACACAGUGGUGAACAUGCCCUUUCCCAACUACUUUGGCACAUGUUGCAGCCAUGAAAUUGUAAGUUAAUUAUUAUUUGCAAAAAAAUAAUAAAGUUUAUGAGUUUGAACAUCAAAUAUGUUGUCUUUGUAGUGCAUUCAAUUGAAUAUGGGUUAAAAAGGUUUUGCAAAUCAUUGUAUUCCGUUUAUAUUUACAUCUAACACAAUUUCCCAACUCAUAUGGAAAGGGGGUUUGUAAUACCAAGUAAAUACAGGGCUGGUAUUGCUGAUACCGAUACUUUUGACUUGAAAUGACAUGUUUAGGGAUGUUUUCAAUUAAAGAUUUUCAUUGUCAAAUCAGAUUUUUCCCAUAGUCGACGACCAGUCGAAGCCACAGCAGUUUUUUUAAAGAGAAAAUAAGUAAUAUGUAGUAGUGUACAGUAGGGUUGUACGGUAUACUAGCAUUAGUAUAGUACUGCGAUAAUAAUGAAUCAUAUUCGGUACUAUACCGCCUCUGAAAAGUACCGACCCCCCAAGACCCCUGCGACCCCGUCGUCGUCACGUUGGGUCAUUGCUAGUUUACAGGCAGACGAGCAUGUUUGGCAGUGCACAAUCACAGAGUACUUACAAGCAGACACAGUGUGUAGACAAAAAAGGGGGAACGGACGCAUUUUUGGCUUAAAAACUAACGAUAAAGGUGAAGUUAUAACAUUGAAACACCCUCAGGUUAGAGGUGCUUUAAGACAUGGCUAGCUAGCUACCAGCUAAAGUCCAACCAUAGUCUGAAGUGUUUUAGCUACUUCUAAAUCACUAAUCCUCCCCUCCAUGGCGACAAAUAAAGUAAGUUUCUUACAUGUAUCAUCCCUGCAGGACGAGGAAUAGCUAAACAUGCUUCACUACACACCGUAGCUCACCGGCGUCAAAAUGUAACCAAACGCCAUUGGUGGAUCUACACCUGACAUCCACUGUAAUGAUACCAAGUACAAGAGUGUAUCUAGUCGAUACUACUUUGAUUACGUCUAUUUUUUGACAGCACUUCUUUAGUUGUUUUUUAAUGCAGAUUAUGAUUAUAAACUCAGGAAAUAUGUCCCUGGACACAUGACGACUUUCAAUAUGACCAAUGUAUGAUCCUGUAACGACUUGAUAUCGGGUUGAUACCCAAAUUUGUGGUAUCAUCCAAAACUAAUGUAAAGUAUCAAACAACAGAAGAAUAAGUGAUUAUUACAUUUAAACAGAAGUGUAGAUAAAACAUGAUAGAAGAGAAAGGAAGCAGAUAUUAACAGUAAAUGAACAAGUCCACUAAGAUAUAAUUUUCUACAACUGGUCCUUAAUAAUUUUGACAAAAUAAUAGAAUGAUAAAUGACACAAUAUGUUACUGCAUAUGUCAGCAGACUAAAUUAGGAGCCUUCGUUUGUUUACUUACUACUAAAAGACAAGUUGUCUAGUAUGUUCACUAUUUUAUUUAAGGACAAACUUGCAAUAAGAAACAUAUGUUUAAUGUACCGUAAGAUUUUCUGUUUGAAUAAAGCCAACAAUUACA